CGGCGGCCGCGCGGCUAGACGGGGGCGAAAGCGGUUGAGGUCGGAGCGAGCCGGCGUUUGCCUGGAAAGCGGUCAUCAGCAGCAAGGGAGGAAAAAAAGGUUUGAUCCUUUUUGUGACGGAAGCAAAGGGGAAAUGGCGUUGAUGCUGCUCAGUCGACAUCUAACGAGUUCGUUGCAACAGAACUCUAGGAUUAUUGCAGCUGGGCACAGAGGAAUCAGUCAAGCUGCAGCAAAAAUUGAUGUGGAGUUUGACUACGAUGGGCCCCUCAUGAAGACAGAAGUCCCUGGCCCAAAAUCCAGGGAAUUAAUGAAACAGUUGAAUAGAAUUCAGAAUGCAGAAGCUGUGCACUUUUUCUGCAACUACGAAGAAAGCCGGGGGAACUACCUUGUCGACGUUGACGGGAACCGCAUGCUGGAUCUCUACUCUCAGAUAUCUUCCAUCCCAAUAGGUUACAGCCAUCCAUCUCUGAUAAAACUCAUGCAGCAGCCCCGGAAUCUGAGUACCUUUGUCAACAGGCCUGCGCUGGGGAUUCUUCCCCCAGGGAACUUUGCUGAAAAGCUAAAGGAAUCGUUGCUUUCGGUGGCUCCUAAGGGUCUAUCUCAGGUUAUAACCAUGGCAUGUGGAUCUUGCUCAAAUGAAAAUGCCUUCAAAACCAUAUUCAUGUGGUACAGGAACAAAGAAAGGGGGCACAACAGUGUUACCAAGGAAGAGCUGGAGACCUGCAUGAUCAACCAGCCCCCCGGUUGCCCGGAGUACAGUAUGCUGUCCUUUAUGGGCGGGUUUCACGGGAGAACUAUGGGCUGCUUAGCUGCCACGCAUUCCAAAGCCAUCCACAAACUGGACAUCCCUUCCUUUGACUGGCCCAUCGCUCCCUUUCCGAGGCUGAAGUAUCCUCUGGAAGACUUUGUGAGAGAAAAUCAACAGGAAGAGGCCCGCUGCCUAGAGGAGGUGGAAGAUUUGAUUGUAAAAUACAGGAAAAAGAAGAAAGUUGUGGCAGGAAUUAUCGUUGAGCCCAUUCAAUCAGAAGGAGGGGACAACCAUGCCUCAGAUGACUUCUUCAGAAAGUUGAGGGACAUUGCCAGGAAGCACGGCUGUGGUUUCUUGGUAGACGAGGUGCAGACGGGAGGCGGAUGUACCGGCAAGUUCUGGGCCCAUGAACACUGGGACCUGGAUGACCCAGCCGACGUGCUCACCUUCAGUAAGAAGAUGAUGAGUGGCGGGUUUUUCCACAAAGAGGAAUUCAGGGCCAAUGCUCCAUAUCGGAUUUUCAACACGUGGCUUGGGGAUCCUUCCAAGAACCUUCUGCUUGCAGAAGUCAUCAACGUUAUCAAAAGAGAGGAUCUUCUCAGCAAUGUUACACAUGCAGGGAAAGCUCUGUUGUCAGGGCUGCUGGAUUUACAGAGCCGCUACCCACAUCUGAUGAGCAGGGUGCGAGGGCGAGGGACCUUCUGUUCAUUUGACACUCCAAAUGAUGCUAUGAGGAACAAGCUCAUUGUAUUAGCCAGAAACAAAGGUGUCGUGUUGGGAGGCAGCGGCGACAGGUCGAUCCGUUUCCGGCCCACUUUGGUCUUCCGCGACCACCACGCACACCUCUUCCUGAACAUCUUCAGCGACAUCUUGGCAGACUUCAAGUAGCCGAGUCUUACCUUGCACUGAGAGAGCCCAAAUCCUAUAAGAGUCUGAGAAUAGUUUAUUUAAAAUCAUAAACGUAUAUAUAAAUAUAUAUAUAUAUAUAUAUAUUUUCACUAAUAGGAAAAACCGAAUUCAUAAAGUUGGGGGGGGUGUUUGUUUUUUCAAACGUUUGUUUUAUUUUUCCAUGCUUAUCACCAAUUCGAGCUGCUUCCGACUCAAAACUCUGGACACCCUCUGGUGCUUUUGAAAUUCCUUGCAAGUAUUCUGAGUUCUGGGCAGCCGACCUGUUCAGGAUGGGGACUUAGAGUUGUUCAUUAUCUUGGUUAGGACACAUGCUACAUGUCUGGUGCAUUUAGACUCCGAAGCGGGAUUCCUGAGAGCUUCUCAGGGUUUAUAACAACAAUUUUCCUGCCCUUAAGGUGGCAGUGAGACUUUUGAAAAGGCCCACCUACUGCCACUGAUCCAGAGCUCUGUAUACAUACCAGUGCAGAUGGGAGCAGCUAUUCAUGCACACCCCAGAGCCCCCAGACCCACAAAUAAUCACUGACUGGAGCCAACUGUGUUUGUAUUCAAGCAAUUGAAUCAUUUCCCCCUCUUAUAUAUAUAAACUUUUUUUCUUUCCUUGCAUAUAUGUCCCGUUUUUCUUCUACUGUGCUACCAAAGGUGGUAUCUGCCAGGUUCCCAGGACAUCUCCCAUCCAAGCACUGACUGGACUCGGACCUGCUUAGCUUCAGCUUGCAUGCCUUUGGACUCAGACCCUGGGUCCGAGUUUCCUCUUGAGUUUCCCCAUUGCAUUUCCCUAUAUGCAGGUAACCAGAGGCUUCAUGCCAAUUUGUGUUGGAUGCAGUUUCCUAACCCUGUGUGGGUCUCUGCCCUUAAGCAUUGUAGAUGUUUGGGAUCGCUACCCCAACCCUUUUAGUGGAGAUGCCAAGCACUGAACUUGGGACCCCUGGCCAGUGAGCUCCUCCUUAAUAAAGAGAGGUUCCUUUUUAUACCCCACCACCACCACCACAAUUCCUGUGCCAAAUAUCUCUGCCAGCACAGAACUCUCCUUCGCUGGAGGAUUUUAAGCAGAGUUUGGAUGGCCAUCUGUCAGAGAUUCUUUAGCUAUGAUUCCUGCAUUGCAGGGGGUUGGACUAGAUGGCCCUUGCGGGUCACUUCCAACUCUGGAAUUCUGUGAUUGUACUAAAGUCACAUUGGUGAGACUAAAUCAUGUAGAUGGUACUUCCGAAGGCAAACAUCUGGCUUGGUGCAAAGGGUCCCGAUUUGCAUAUUUAGAAAAGCACAAUGAACAACCCUGUUGCAAAGGUGCAGAAAGGCGGCACCCCUCUUCUGUCGGAACCAGAAUACUAAUUUCUCUUAGCAAUGCCUAGCCUUUUGCAGAUGAAACAUGUCCUCCUGUGUUAACUGGUGAACACACCAGCUCAUUUAACGUGGGGCAGUUCUUGACGACCUUCCCAUUUUACAAUCCCAGGCAGGCAGCAAAAGCAAAUGGUCUGCCGUGCCAUCCCAGACCUGCAGCUGCAAGUGGCUGGACUGUGUUUUAGCCUUGAAGCAUUGCCACUUGGCCUCAAAUAUCUUCCAUGCUGGGGCGAUAUGUUGCACACAGAUGUCCUCCUGCCAAUUUUGGUGUCCAGAGAGAGAAAGAGGGAGAGAAGCAGCGGAGUUUGUGAGUGUGGGUUUUGAAGUUGUUUUUUUUAACAAGGUUGUCUGCUAAGCAGAAAGUGUGGACUUUUGUAUGGAUUGGGAAGAAGAUGAUAUGUUUUAAGGAAAGUUUUACACACACACACACCACCACCACCACCAAAUAAUUUUCAAACAAUAACUUCUUCAGCACUUUUAACGCUGAUUUUAAGUUUCUAGACUUUGUGGUUGUAAUACACAAGCAUGUGGCUUGCUUGUACAAGACUGGGCCAAACUCCCAUGUGCUGUGCCUUUAUUCCGCCCCGCCCCACAUCCCCUCCCACCAUGCAUACCCUUCUCAUAAAUGGAGUUCUUUAUAGGAUGAAGAGACAGCGAAAUUCACCCUCCUCUACUCAAAAUGCUCUGUCACAACUCCUACCUUGCUGUCCCUGUCACUCAGUACUGCCUGAAAAGGGGGGGGGGAGAGAAACAUGUGAUCAACAGAAAGGGGGUCUUCUGUAUGCACCCCCCCCCAAAAAAAAACAUCCUGUGCUAUGUCUCCUAUCUCCCUUUCAAGACAACAUCAGCAGCAGGACCUGCUCUGCCAUUAAGCAGAGGAUGAAGAAGCCAUUUCUGGCAGCUGGUUCCGUGUGUCCUCAAAAAUCAGCAUUCAGGACUGCUUAAUUCAUUACUGCCAAGAGUGGGGAGAGGGGGCUGUGUGUCUCAGGUGCCAAAAUAACUUGUCUGGCAAGGGGUUUCAGGCAUGGAGGGUUCCCUAGUCCUACCUGGAUCUUCUGCAUGCCAAGCAGAUGCUCCGCCGCUGGGUGAUGGCCCUUCCUUUUAGGAACAUAGAAAGCUACUUUAUGUUGAGUCAGACCAUUGAUCCACCUAACCCAGUAUUGUCUACUACACUGACCAGCAGGGGCUUUUAAGGAUUUUGGGUAUGGGGUCUCUCCCAGCCCUGCUUGGAGAUGCUGGGUGUUGAACCUGAAAUGCUCGACCACCAGAGACGGGAAAUAGCAAGCAGUGGGGGUUAUCCCACUCCCUGGGAAUCUUUGACUAAGAAGUGUCUAGUCCUUGUGGUUAUGAUACUUGGAAGCACUUGGGCAAUGACUUCUAAAAUCUGAGGUUUUAGUCAGGAAGCUGGCUGAACGAGAUUUGCAGGGGUUGAGGGAGGGGCUUCAGAUCCUUGCCCCCUCUCCCUCCCUCAUCCCUCACCCGCCAUGAUAAGCAAAUCUGGAAGAGCAAAAUUAUAGCAAUGCUGAACAAUCUAUGCAAAGAAUAGAGACCACUGCAUGAUUUAUGCAAUCACAAAACCGCCAGGACCUUUUCAGUAAGGGGCGUAGGAAGAAGCAAGUGGAGCCUUCAUUGGCCGCUUUCUUGUCACCUGACCUGUGGAUAGCUGCAUUGCCACUCUUUGUCCAUUUGCAGUGGGGGCGCUGUAGGGCAGCAGGUCUCCCACUGGUCAAACUGCCGCAAUUCCACAGCAGGGCGCCUGCACUUGACUGCCGGAAUCCCCAGUUCAAGACUCCCCUGGCACCUUAUAAUAGCAGUAUCGUACAGGUCUGUAUCCUUGGGUACCUGGUAGCUAAAUAGCUCCAGUAAUCCUGAGUGCUCCGAGUCGUUAGUUCAACAGGCUAAUUGCUUCUUCCUCACAUUUCAUUUUAUACUGCCCCUGCCUUUGAUGCUACUCUUAACGUCCAAAGAACUCCCUUACCUAUGGGGAUAGGAACGUAUACACCUAAAGGUUCCAGGCCUCUUGGUGCAUAAGAAAGCAAGCUUAUCUCGCUGCUUGCGACACUUGGCAUUUCAAAAAGUAGUUGGGGUGGGGGGUGGGGGGUACUGAACUACUUAACGCUCCUGCCCUUGGGAGACUGGAUUUCUUCUGCAUGUUUUUCCAGACAUUUCCUCGCAAGCAUCCAUGCAUCAAAGUUUAAUCUCUGCCGCAUCUUUAGCAGGUUGGAGACCUUUGGGAAAGAAGCCAGACUCCAUUGCCAGUAGCAGGGAAUCAAGAGUCCUUCAGCACAUCGACGCAAUUGAUGUUGUAGGCAUCUGUAGUGAGUCUUGUACUUUAGCUGUGAUUCCUGCAUUGCAGGGGGUUGGACUAGAUGACCCUGGGGGGUCCCUCCCUCCUGACGGAAUCCCAAGAUCUAGUAACCUGCACAUUUGCCACAUUCUUGUUUUAUUGUUCAUAAAAUAACUUCUCCACCUGUCGCAUUUCUUCCUUUAAAGUACGGUAAUUUUUUUAAUGGAACACUGUUAACUGUGAACACGUGUGCACAACCUAACCAUGGUUCUCAGACCAUGGUGGAUGCUUUAACCUAGGGAAGCUCUAUAGUGUUAACAGUCAUCCUUUUUUUUUAAAAAAAAGAAAGUAAUAAUCUUUGUUUACAGCCUCUCUGUUAACUGUGCCAAAUUCAUGCGUGAGCCAGUACCUAACUUGAUGUAGCCAGUUACCAUGUCGCACAGAUCCAUGAAAUAACGUUUCCUGUGUUAAUCAGUAUUCUUAAAAUAAAAUAUUUAUAACUGAAA